AAAUAACCAACGACGACCUAGAGGACGCACAGAAGCUAACAUUCUUUCUGCGCAUGCUUCUCUCUGGCUCUCUCUAUGAGCCGAUUCUAGUUCUAUCUUAUUUUUCUCAAUUAAAAGCCCUAGCCUCAUCCUCUUCGUCUGUUUCGCGGUGUAUGUGUUCAUCCACUACAGGACGCGAUAGAGAAAGAUGCGAAGACAGGGAGGGGGCGAUGGAGAAAGAUGAGAGGGGGUGAGGGAGGGAGCCAGCCAGUAGGGAAGGAAUAGGCCUAUAGGCUAAUAUACAGUCGAUGUGAGAAAGGCUGUUGACGUUUUAAUACGCAAUCAUGCAUGAUACAUGCAUUAAACUGUAGCAGACAAAAUUGUAGAAUGCAGAUUAUGUUUACCCCCUAUUAUGACAUACUAUCCGUUGUUUGUUUGUCUCAAAAUCUCUCGCAUAUCCAUCAUCACUUCACUACUUAGGUCACAGAAUCUCGUGCCCUUGCACUGGCAAUCUGUUUGACGUGGUUCCGUGAUUUCGGAACGUGCUGUUCUCUCCGCCGAGGUCGUCAGACUCACUGGACCGCAUGGUUACGUUACCGUCCCGCUAGCGUCCGGUGAGGGGAACGUAAGAGGAGUUAAAACAUGGUCAUGAGGGACCAUGUCCAUUACUACGAAGGGCAAGAGAGAGAGAACGUGUGCCUUGAAAAACCCUAGCUCAGCCGAUGUCUGAGUAGUGAAUAUUGUGUGUGUGUGUAGGCCAUAAUGGGUCUGUCACUGUCUGGAUGGCUGGGUGGCAUCCCAGCGAAGAUGAAGAAGGAUGCUCCCUCCUCUUCCUCCUUCCUCCCGCUGUCCAUCCCUACCUCCUCCCGCCUUUCACUCCUCCUAAACUCCUCUCCCGUUGACCCUGGAGACCCCCGGUGCCGCUGGAGCCCCACACACUGUUCACCUCACUUCCUGCUGUCCCAGUGCGGGGAGGAAGUGACACGCGCACCCACCCAGCAGAUCAGCGACGGGGCUCGGGGGGAGAAGGGGGAAAGGGGAGGAAUGCACGUCUGGGAGGUGCUCUGGUGUCCCACCCACAGAGGAAGUCAUGCUGUGAUUGGUGUAUCUACAGAGCACUGCCCGCUACAAACCUCUGGUUACACUGCACUGAUGGGCGGAGACUCACAGUCCUGGGGAUGGGAACUCACAAACAAUCAGCUAUGGCAUGCAGGGCAAGCCCUGGGGAGAUACCCCGGGGAGAGAGGGGUGCAGGCGGAAGAGCAAUCUGUGUCCCCCCCUCACCCUGUCCCAGAGCGCGUGCUGCUGGUUCUGGACGCGGACACAGGAACUCUGGGAUAUGUAGUAGAUGACUGCUUCCUGGGCAUGGCCUUUAAGGACCUCCCCCAAGGGGUGGAGCUUUUCCCAGCCAUCAGCAGCGUAAGGGGUGGAGCCUUCAUACGACUACGCUACCUCAACGGAGCUACCCGUGAGCCUCCUGCACUGAUGGCUCUCUGUGGUCUGUCCAUCCAUGUGUGCAUGGGGAAAGAGAGAGAGACUCAGACAGACAGACUGCCUCUGCCUCCUCCUCUUCAACGCUACAUCCUGCCCAGCAUGUGACACACACACCCACACACAAACUAUAGAGUAAAUAGGAACGUUCUCACUGACCCAAGGUCCAUAUAUGGCUAAAUUACAGCUUUUAAUUGAAUUAAGCAAGUCAUCCAUAAAAUAAAUUAGCCUCUGUAUUGUAGGGGCCAAUGCGUGGUUUGUGUAACAGCAACAUCAUUGGACAGUGCUGCACACAUUGUGAUGUUAGCUCCUCUCUGGCCUGGGACAUCCACGGUUACUCUCUGUCCAAUCACAUUUCUUCCCCUGCGUCGUGUUUUGCCAUGUUGAAUCCAGCUUCAUCCACAAAGAUGAAUGUAUGUGCAGUUUGCCUGGCUUCCCUCUCCAUUACGCUCUAAAAUACAGUAAAUCCACAGUUUUACAGUACUUUACAUUAUGCAUAGCUGUGUAUAUACCCUGUUUAGUUAUUGAACAGACAUCUUACCUGGACAUAUUGAUACCGGAGUUCUUUCACACGUUCACCGUUUCUCUCAAAGGGUACAGUGUACAACUGCUUCAUCGUUAUUUUAUGUUUCUCUAGGACACUUGGGUAGGCUUUCAGCUGAAAUUGCAAUCAGCUGUGUUUGGAAUGAUUACAUAUUCUGCUGAGAUGUUCUAUAUGUUUCUAUCUGGUUACUGCAGAAAUGCACAACAUUUGCCAUCAUUCUGUUUUGAACGUGUUUUGAACAGUUUUGGAAACAGUGUGUUAGUGGGAAGAAAAAGAAUGUGAACCCUUUGGAAAUACCUGGAUUUCUGCAUAAAUUGGUCAUAAAAUGUUAUCUGAUCUUAAUCUAGGUCACAACAAUAGACAAACAUGGUCUGCUUAAACUAAUAACACACAAACAAUUAUAUGUUUUCGUGUAUUUAUUGAACACACCAUGUAAACAUUCACUGUGUAGGGUGGGAAAAGUAUGUGAACCCUUGGAUUUAAUAACUGUUUGACCCUCCUUUGUC